CAGAAAAGUAUCUACUGCUGAACUUGUAAUGUAUCCACUUCCAUCGCUGUUACAGAAUGACAGCCAUCCUCAAGAAGCCAAACAAGGGCGCCUGUGUUGUGCCAACAGCGAAGCAUGCUGAAAACAUGUUGUGAGCCAAAGGUCACCAUGGAGACAGAAGAAGCACCUGCGCAGCCAAAUGAUGACAGGGCGGAGACCUGCACCGUAUCCGUCAAAGGUCUAACAGAGAACUGGCAGAAAUGGUCCAGCGACCACAGCGAGUAUCAGAAACACAAUCCCUUCAGCAACGGCAAAGUGAUUCCCCCGCAGAUCCAGCGAGGACAGGAGGGCUACGGCAGGCCUUUAGAGGGCUCCAAAACAGAGCAGAGAGGAAAAGACGCCCAUUCCCACAUCAGCAGAGAGGUCACAGAGCUCUGCCAGGUGAUUAAGGAGAUUGGAGAGAGCGGGGACGAUGGCAGGACGACUGUGCGGUUCGGGGCGCUGUUUGAGAGAUACGUCACCAUCUCUAAUAAACUAGUGGGAGUUCUGCUGCGAGCACGCAAACAAGGGCUGGUGCACUUUGAAGGAGAGAUGCUGUGGCAGGGGAGAGAUGAUGGAGUACUCAUCACCUUGUUACAGUGAUUUACAGCAGUGAUGGACACAAUGUGCCUGUCUGUCCAACAUUGCUUUAUAGACAGGGGUGCACAUAAGUGGUACACAGGUGUGCAUGCACGAUCAAAAUAAAAAAUGUGCUGUGUAAAUAAGUUCUAGGUGCUCAUUUGCAUACUGACAUGGUUGACAGCUGUUAAUGCACAAUUACCAUUUUAGAUUGACAAACUGUAAUAAGAUUAGUAUAAGAUUUAUAUUAUAUCGAACAGAAAGCAUCUGUACUAUCCGCUGCCAUUUUCAAAGCACAAUGCAAAACUGUGACAUUUCAUUCACUGCGCUCUUCAAUCGGCAGCGCAUAUACUUACUUGCUGGCAACCCACCAAAAUAAAAGCUUGCUGAUUUUAAGUUUGAAAAUUAUGAAAAUUCAUAUUUAAAAAGGGGGAAAUAUUAGCAUUUUAUGCAUAAGUUCACUAUAAAUUGAUUAUAUUUUUAUUUAAUUAAAUUAUAUAAGCACUACCACACUUUAUUAUUUUGUUUAUUUAAAAAAAAAAACUAAAGAAAUAAAGUGCAAUAAUAUUAUUAUCACUAUUAUAAAUUUUAUUUAAUGUUAUAUUUAGUGGGUCACACUAUGUGCAGUGUGAUGACCAAACCAAAUUUCCCCUAUGAGAACUAGGCUGAAAAACUUAUGUGCACCCCUGUUUGUAGACAUCCAUUUACUUGAACAUGGGUUUGGAGUCAGUUUUUCAGCCAAGAAAUUUAUGCUAAUGAGAUUUAAACUGAGUGUACUGAAUUUAAAUGUAGCAAACUGGUAUACUGGUGUUAUUUUUUCAAGGUGAAGUGUGUAGUUUCUGUACCAGAAUAGAAAAAAACAAUGGUUACAAAACACUCUUGUCUGUCAUUGGUCAACCAAACAGGUAGGCCCGCCCCCUCUCAUACCAUUGGUUAAGUCAAUGCUGCUAUUAGGGGCUCCUAAAAAAACAGAACAAUAAGGCUUACACUUUGUUCCUGCUUAAAAACAUCUUAAACCAGUCUGAAAAUGGUUUGUUGGUUAUAGUUUGUCUCCCAGCCUGGUCAGGCCGGUCUACUUACUGGUUUUCAAGGGGUUUUGGGCAUU